CAGGCUGUGACACUCACACACACAAAACACAUACCACAGAGAGAGGAAGUAGAUAUAGACAGAUGCUUAUGUCACCAGAGCUAGAGCUUCCCUCCAACACACAAACACACACACACGCACUUCACGGUCACUGAGUAUCGCUCUCCUCCAACAUUAAUCAGCAACAGAAACCCACACUGACACACUGAUCAAACACUCUCCACUACAUUGUCCAACAACCAUCCCCUGGGAUUGUUUUCCUCAAUAUGGAAAACAAGUCUGAUGUAAAGGCCAUGAUGGCUCGUUUCCAAGCGAAUGACGAGACUUCACCAGCUGGACGUACUAAACAACCCCUGCAGCCCACUCUCUCCUCCGGUCCGGCCAUAACAGCAAAGAAACCAGUCUUGGAGAGCCUCUCGGGCAGCGUGAUCAAUAUUCCUCCUAAACCAGCUUUCCUUAAAAAUGCUGUAUCCACUAAAAAUGACUCUGUGGUACAUGAGCCACACACAACUAAAGCCCUGGCUAGCAGGUUUGGAAACACACAGGAAGACACCAGCAUCAAACCUUUAAUUGGUAAUAAACAGCAAAUACCCAUGAAGCCACAUCUAUCAAAGCCUCCUGAAACUAAAGGACCUGUACAGAAGACUCCUCUCAACAAGCCCCCCCUCAGCUUCACCCUGUCCGACUCCAAACCUAAAAUAGUUCCAGCACACACCCCCAAGCCCAGCUGGGUAAAAGACAACAGUGGGGGAGGUGUGCCAUCCACCCCAAUCUCCCAACCCAAAGUACCACCUUUACAACAAAAACCGAGCAGCAGCGUUAUCAAAAUGUGGCAGCAAAAUGAAGAAAAGACAGGAGCAAACAUGGACGCCUUGAACAAACCUUCACAUCAGACAAACUCCACGUUUAAGCCCCCGUCCAACUUAAAGACUGCUCGGUUCAACAAGGAGAAGGACAACAGCGAGCAGCCAGAAAAUGAUGGAACCAGCAAACCUCCAGUCUCUGCCUCUAACUCUGUACGUCCUCCCAAACCUCCAGCCAGUAAAAAACCUAGCUUGAGGUGGCAGACCAACGACUCCCCUCAGCCCGGCUCCAAUAACAGUGAUGCCACCUCAGGCCCCAAGCGUAAGCCUCUACCCAACGGGUUAGCUUUGGGUGCUGCUCCUAGUAAACCCAACCGACCCCCCAGAGUCAACCUGGAGAAAUUUAAAAGAGGAGCUGAGGAUGGUCCUGGCACCUUUAAGAAAUCCAUCACCCCAACUCCUCAGACCUCUCAUCUGACUAACCUCAGCAACCCUGUGAUCCCUCCUCUCCCACCUCAGGUCGACCUCCCCAGUCUGCCCCCACGACACCCCGGAAGCCUGAUCCAACAAGAGGACUUUUACGAUGAUAUUGAUGAAUUAAGCAACGCUCCUCCACCUCUACCACCACCCUCAGGUCACCCGAGUCAGUGGGCAAAGGAGGAAUUUAACGAUGAUGACGGAGACAUGUAUGACGAUCUCGACGAACGAUGGGAGGAAGCUGAACAAAAACUAGAAAAGAAGAAAGAGAAAGAGGCAAAGGAGGCGAAAAAACGACUGGAGGCUGAGAAGAAGGAGCAGAAGGAACGGGAGAAGAAGGAGCAAGAUGCCAGAAAGAAAUUCAAGUUGGUUGGCCCCCUGGAGGUCAUCCACCAGGGUAAAGCUUGUGUGGACUGCAGAGGCAGUAAAACCGACCUUAGUCUGACGCAGGGAGACAGUCUGGACAUCUUGCGUGUACAAGGAAACCCAGAGGGGAAAUGGUUGGGACGGAAUCAGGAUGGAUACAUUGGUUAUGUAAAAACCACCUCAGUGGAAAUUGAUUUCAACUCACUGAAGAAUCAUCAGAGUCAGCAGGCGUACGACCCUGAAGUCUACGAUGACAUUGAUGUUGUCUCUUCUGAUAACAGUGGCACUAAAGGACCAGGAGUUGUCCUUCCGCCGCUACCAGGAGAGGAAGGAGAAAUAUACGAUGAUGUUGUUGAUCCAGUCCUGCAAGUCAGUCCCAUGGUCACCAGGUCUUCCUUCAUGAAGUCCCGCAACUUCCUGCGGAUGUGGAACAAUCGUCCGGCCAGCGCUAAAGUAGUGCCUCCACCCAGCCAGUUCACUGCAAAGGGGAAUACAGAUCAGCCAGAGGAUGACGAAAUAUACGACGAUGUUGACCCUCAAAAUUCGCCUCCACUUCUGCCUAUUAGCAGCUUUUCAAAAGGCAGGACUGAAGAGAUGGACCCGAAGAAGCUGAAAAAGUUUGAGAAAGAGGAGAAGGACUUCAGGAAAAAGUUUAAAUACGACGGCGAGAUCCAGGUGCUGCACCAGGUGACCAUCGUCCACACACUUACCAAUAAGAAGUGGGGUGGGAAAGAGCUGCCAGUCAAAGCAGGCGAGAAACUUGACGUCAUUGUUGAAGCUGUGGACAACAAACUUAUCUGUCGGAAUGAAGAGGGCAAGCUUGGUUACGUUUCUACGGCGCACAUUGUUAUGGACGAUGCUGAUAUCUACGAUGACAUCGGAGAAGACUGUAUUUAUGACAACGACUGAGAAACAUGCACUUGGUGUUGAUGUUUUACACUGAUAUUGUUCUUGUUAUUUAUUACAUUUUAUUGAUGAUACACACUAGAAGUCCAUCUGAUAAUCAGACUGAAUCGUAAUUUCAUUUUAAUGCCAUUAUUUAUAGAUAAAGAUUUGGCAUAUUGGACAUGUGGGUAGAAUUCCAAGAUCUUAAACCAGGUUUGCAGUAAAGUGCUUUUGAACAAUUCGAUCCUUUAAAAAAAUAUUUCUUGAAAAAAAUAUUGAUGUGGUUAUGUUACUUGUAAUAUUUUGGGGAAGUGGGAAACCUUUAUUGAAUCAACAGUAUUUCUAUAUUUCUGUUUUUAUAUUUUACCAGUCCCCCCCCCUCCCUUCUAUGUAUACUGUGUUUUUCAGAGUAGCAGCAUGUUUAAAUGAAAGUUGUAAAUAUUACUUCCUUCCUUUGUCAUUAAUAGCUGUAUCUGAUAUGAUACUGAUCAUAACUACUUUCUUUGUCUCUGGUUUCAAAAUGUAAAAUAAACUAUU